AUGGGCCGCGAAGUAAUGAACGAACAGACCGAGGCACCACUGUGCUCUAGUAAUGACCUCGGACCUCGAAUAAAUGUGACGACAGUUAGAGAAGACCUCGAAGAAGAUCGAACAUACCCCGAACGAACCGGGCCGGUAAAGCCAGCCCCUAUCCGAUGGUGCGACCUCCCCAAUAAAGACCAACUCUUCAUCCUUUCGCUCUGCCGCCUAUCAGAGCCACUAUCCAACGUCUGCCUACUCCCCUACAUCUUCUACCUCGUGCGUUCGGUCCUCCCUCCUUCUCCCCCUUCCUCUAUCCCGAACCUCGAAAACGACCCUUCAGCAUCACCACCACCACCACCAACACCGGAAUCCGCCGAGGAGCUCGGAGCCCGCAUCUCCAAGUUCUCAGGCCUGCUCGUCGCCGCCUUUCCCCUCGCGCAGUUCCUCGUAAGCCUCCCCUGGGGCCGGCUGUCCGACAGACAUGGGCGGCGCUUCUCUAUUGUAGCCGGGCUCGCGGUGUCCGUGAUCGCGAACGUGGGAUUUGGAUUCUCGCGGUCAAUCGACGCGCUGUUCUUCUGGCGGGUGCUGGCUGGCCUCGCCAAUGGAAAUGUGGGAAUUAUGCGGACUGUCACUGCCGAGGUCGUGAGGGAGCGCAAGUUCCAGACCAAGGCGUUCCUGCUGCUGCCGCUCGUGUUUAACGCAGGCAUGGUGGCGAGUCUGGCGUUGGGCGGGUGUUUGGCGGAACCUGUGGUAAAUCUCCCCGGGCUCUUCGGGUCCCAGGGGUGGUUUAAUGCAGCUGGGAAUCCGGAAGGUGUGCAAUGGGCUCUUGACCACCCGUACGCGCUCCCCGCACUUCUCAACGCAGCAAUCCUGGGCGUUUCGUUACUCCUGGCCGUCUUGGGAUUAAAGGAGACGCUUCCUGGGAAGGAGAGCCAGAGCGAUAUUGGCCUCAAGUUAGGCGCAGUGAUAAAGCGGCGGAUAAAGCUAAAAGGACGACGACGACGACGACGACAACGCGCCAGUCCAGAAAGUGAGGAGGAAUACGCGAUGCUGAUAGAAAGCAGCGAAGACACGUUUAUCGGCCAAACCCCACCAGAUCCCGAGAAGCCCGAUCCCACGGGCACAACUGCCGAACGACGCAGGCGUCUCCCCUUCCGGAGCCUCUGGACACGCCGGGUCCUCUGCGCGAUGGUCUCGUUCGGGCUGCUCCCGCUGCACAACUCGGCCUUCAUGCACAUCUUCCCCGUCUACCUCAGCAGCCCCCCCGCGGACAACGUCGAGGCAUCGAUGCUGGCGUUUACGGGCGGAUUGGGCCUCCGGUCGUCGACGAUUGGGAUAUGGCUCUCGGUCUUUGGCAUAUGCGGCAUACUGCUGCAGCUGUUUAUUUACCCCCGGCUUCAGGCCCGCAUCGGCACCCGUGGUGUCUUUCGGAUUGCGCUAUUCUUGUUCCCUGUCACGUACGCCGCGGCGCCGUACCUGUCGCUGCUCUCUGGGGACGACGAAGGGGCUCUAAGGUGGGUCUGCUUGGGGAUGGUCGUCUGCGCGCAGAUCAUGGCGCGCACGAUGGCUAUCCCGAGUACGGUUAUUCUGUUGACCGAGGCGGCGCCCUCGAGGACGGUGCUGGGCACGAUCCACGGGGCCGGGAAUAUGUUGGCUAGUCUGGCCCGGGCUGUCGGACCGGCUAUUGGGGGUUAUGUGUUUGCGUGGGGGGUGGAAGAGGGGGUUAUUGGGCUUGUGUGGUGGAUGUAUCUGGUGAUUAUUGCUAUGUGCGCGCUUGCGUGGUCGUAUAUCCUGGACAGGGAUGAAGAAUAGGGGGUUAUGUAUUAGGUUUUUAAAAUGUGAAUGAAGGCUGGGCGAUGAGGGUAUGGUUAGACUACUAGAGAUGUGAAUUUCGACAUUGACAGUUCAGAAAAGCAAAUGAGAUCCCCUUACUGACGUGGGUAAUAUACACUUACCUACCUAAGGUAUAUACAUUUAUUUUGGAUCAC